GAUUCGAGUAGUCGAAAGAAAAUAUCGAUUCAUAAAUUAAGUCUGAGAUGCAUUGCAUACUGCAUCUCCAAUCACUAUUAGAAAAUGCGUGACGUAGCGAUGGAUGCGAAUGGGAAUGGGAAGCGUGAUCUUCCCCGAAUAGUUCUACAGCAACAAAUUAUGAGCACCGAAGAAACAUCUAAAUCUACAGAUUUGGACUUCGUUUAUGACGAUGCGGAUAAGCAUGCCAAUGAAAUUGCUGAAUUAUACAGCUAUUCAGAACAAUCUGAAUUACAUGUUAACCUAACAGCAUUUGAAGAGCAAAUGGAAUUGUACAAAUUGAGACCUUGGUGGCAAAAUUUAUCAGAGGCGCAACAGAAAUCUGUAAUUUACAAACUAUUAGAUCAGUUAGAAGUUUCUAACAAACAAUUGAGAAUGAAGGCAGCAAGGUGCAUUUUGUAUUUGGCUCAAGGUUGUUGGGCUGAAGUACAAUCUGACGAAGAGCAACGUGAAUGGACCAGAACAAACGUUAUGUUAUUAUAUGAAGCUGGAAUUUUCCCAGCAUUUGUUGAACUUCUUAAUAUUGAAAUUACGAAUAGUAGAAGAGCUGCUUCUGCAAUGAGAAAAAUAUCUGUUAGUCUUGAUGAUUCCACUGAUUUAAGAGUCAUUUUGUCUGUUUUAUAUAUUAUAACAGAAGUGAUGAGGGAAGAAAUGAAAAAUUUAGAGCACAGUAUUUAUAAGAAUAAUGUUGAAUCUUUCAAAGAAGAUUUAAUAAAUCCAUAUGGUGAAGAGUUACUUAUAGUUAAACUUCUUGGCAUGGUAACAUACUUUUGCAGUGGAGCAGCCCCACAUUUUCCAAUGAAAAAGGUUCUUUUAUUGCUGUGGAAAUUAAUUUUGGUAUCGCUGGGUGGUAUUGAUACACUAAGAGAAUUAAAAAAGCAGUAUCGUGAAGAGGCUGGUCUUGAUACGCAACAAGAAGACACUUUAGAAGUUGCUAGGACUAUGAGAGCUAGCUCUCCUCCUAUCAGUGCAGCAGAUUUAAUUGAAACACAAAAUCAGAAAAAGAAUCACAGAUCUUAUCGACGAUUCCUAAUGAAACAAAGUUCACUAGAUGAACCAGGUUUAGGAAUGGAAUAUGAAGGUGCAGAAAUGGGAAACAAUACUACAAAUAACGAAGGUGAUGAUAAUGUAUUUAUGAAUCAAGCUGUUUUGACCCAGCUGCGAACUUACUGUCAAAAUGAAAACAAUCAACCUCAAAUAAGACCCGAUACUCCACAACUUACUAAGGGGAAAAGUUUACCAUGGACACCAAAGGUAAGACAAAAGGAUGUCGACGCUUUUCUUGAGGUGUCAAGAUUAAAAUUUGUUGGUUACAACUUAGAGGGGGAUAGACAAAGUUUGGCAGGUUUACCACAACCAAUACUCGAAGGUGUUAAUACUCUUAAGAGACAUAUGUAUACGUCUUUAGCCGAAAUCCAAAUUCAAAAAGAGGAACAAAUGCUCAGAAAUCCUAUAAGCACUCCAAGGUUUCCAAUUCGUCAAACACCAACAGAAAUUGUAUAUCAUGCUAUAUUACCAUUUGUACCACAAUAUAUGAUUGCAUUAUUAAAGAUUUUAUUAGCUGCUGCACCCACUAGUAAAGCUAAAACGGAUAGUACCAAUAUUAUGGCUGAUGUUUUACCAGGACAAAUGCCCAUGACUGUUUUUCAGUCAAUGAAACUUGGUAUCGAUGUAAGCAGGCAUAAAGAAAUCAUUGUUAAAGCAGUAUCUGCUAUAUUACUUCUUCUGUUGAAACAUUUUAAACUAAAUCACAUAUACCAGUUCGAAUUCAUGUCGCAACAUUUAGUAUUUGCUAAUUGCAUACCACUUGUUUUAAAGUUUUUAAAUCAGAAUAUUCUAGCAUAUAUUGAGACCAAAAAUGUUAUUCCUAUAUUGGAUUUUCCUAUGUGUGUUAUUGGAGAACAGACAGAUGUGGCUCUAGAUAACCUCGAAAUAGGAGAUAAUCUACCAUAUUCAUGGAGAAACGUUUUUUCUUGCAUCAAUUUAUUACGUAUUCUUAACAAACUUACAAAAUGGAAACAUAGUAGAAUUAUGAUGUUAGUCGUAUUUAAAUCGGCACCCAUAUUGAAACGUACAUUAAAAGUCAGACACGCAAUGAUGCAAUUAUAUGUCUUAAAAUUACUAAAAAUGCAAACUAGGUACUUAGGACGACAAUGGCGGAAAACUAAUAUGAAAACCAUCAGUGCAAUAUAUGCAAAAGUUAGACAUCGUUUAAAUGAUGAUUGGGCUUAUGGCAAUGAUCUAGAAGCGCGACCUUGGGAUUUUCAAGUUGAUGAGUGUGUAUUACGUUCUUGUGUUGAUCGAUUUAAUAACUUACGAUAUACUAAUAUUCCUAAAGAUAAAGAUAUGGAACCUGUUGAUAACUCUGUUACGUCAGUACUCGGAGUAAAUGUGGAAUUAAGCGAUGAAUUUAAACAACAUUAUGAAUUAUGGUUACAACAAGAAGUAUUUCAAAGAAGUAUUAAUUGGGAUGAAUUAUUGGAUCCUGAAGCGUGUGAGAUUUAAAUUUUUAAUAAGUGUAAUAUAAUAUAUAUAUAUAUAUAUAUAUUAAAAUCGUAUUUUCAUCAACUCAUAGACCUGGAUCAAACUUUGACGUUUUUAUAAAUUAUAUACUAUUGUGAAGUGUUCAAAAAAAAAAAAAAAACAUUGCCAUAUCGAUGCAUUGGAAAUUAAAUUCAUAUUUGUUUUGUUACAUUGAUCAGUGAAUGGUCCUAAUCUGAUGAAUGUUUAAGACAAAAGACUAGUGACUUUUUAAAGAUGGUUUACGAGAUAAUGUGUAAUAUUUUUACAUUUGUUUGUGUGUAUUUAAUUUGUUCAAUGUGCAUUGCUUACAGCAAUAUUUUAUUAUUACUAUUAUAGUUGUAAGAGAAUAUAUAUAUAAUCAAGAAGAACUAGGAUAACUUUAUUCAAAUAUAUGGUUCAUACUGUUCGCAUUCAUGUUAUCUAAGUUUCUGUAAAUUAAUUUUUAAUGAUGUAACUACGAAUCGUACACCAACUGGUACUUCCCAUAUUUUAUAUAAUUUUUAUAUGUACUCUAUUUCAUUGACUCACCAUUGUAUAAUGGUAAUAAUUAUCAUGACACAGUUUACAACUGUAUUUACAGACAUAUGAAUGUUAACAUGUAUAAUUAUUAAUUUAAUUUAAACUGGUUUUCUUAAAAAUUUGUUAAUUUUAUAAAUUAAAUGUUUUGUUCAUUAUUAAAUGUGGCAGUAAUGCGCGUUUGACCUGUGUGUUGCGUAUAGAUCUUUAUACGAGAGACAGAGAGAGAAAGAAAGAGCUGAGUAGCAAAAUCAAUUGUAUAUAAAUUCAUGAUACAAAAAUCUAUAGAGCACUCCUAUAGUGCUUCCAUAGUAUUAUUUCAUUUAAUAGAUGAAUAUUUAAAGUGUAGAUUAUAUAAAUAAUAGACUGAAUAUUCAACUUUCUCUUAUUUAUUUAUUGUAAUGUAUAUUUAAAUAAUUUUUGCGCAAAGUACCACAUAACUUAUGUUAUCUUAUUUACUGUACAGGAUCUUUUAUGUCAUUGACGUUAUAUUUAAAUCAUCAAAAGUAAAUAAAAUUAUGAUCUAC